AUGAAGUUAUAUACCCAGUUCUUGCCCACAGUCUGGGAAACAGGUAAUCCACGAUUUGAGAGCACGGCCAGGCGAAUCCGAGGGCAGGCUGCGGCGUGGUCUUCAGAGACGAGCGGCCGGGACGAAGGGGCCAUUUUGCGUUCCCGCUUGAGCUGCAGGGUCCGACAGGGAGGGCACUUGCGUCCGCAGACGAGCAACCGGGCCGAGCUGCGGGCUGUGAUUGUCGCUUUGCAGUUCCGCUUUUGGCCUGGCGAAGGGUGGACAAAGAUUGUUAUCGCUACGGAUUCGGAGUAUGUGCUUGAGGGAGCUACGUCGUGGAUUAAGGGCUGGGUACAGAAUGAGUGGCGGACGGUAUGGAAGACCGGUCAAGAUGAAGGAUCUGUGGAGUGUUUGUUGGGAUGGCGCGAAGAUGCGGCUACGAGUCGGGCAAAGACGAAGCUUGGGAUCUGGCUGAUCCCGUGCGAGUGGAAUGCCAAAGCAGAUGGAUGGGCUAAACUUGUUGCUGACAAGGGUGUGAGGCCGACGACCUUUGUGAAACCGACGGGUUAUCUGAUUUAG